AUGAUAUUCGGCAAGAAUGACAACCACGUCCCAGCACCGGGCCGAGAUUUGAUUCGUAACACUCUUCAUGAGAAGGGUGUGUGCUUCAGCUUCUACGAGGCUGCUUGGGCACAGCAUGCAUUUAUCAGGGACGAACUAAGCAAGGGCCGAUAUGACCCUGCAUUGACAAAGGUGUGUGCCGAAAUGAUGUUCGAAGUCUUCGGCCGUACGUUGAAAGUCGAGCUGGGUGAGAGAGAUGGAAAGAAGCUUGUGGUUGAAAAUGCCUGUUAA